AGGCAGAAAGGGAAACAAGGUGGUAAGAAGGGGGUGGAGAAGAGAGCUCAUGAGAGGGAUAGAGAAACGGGGAGAGACGUGAGAAAAAAUGAGGAAGAAAAGGAAAAGGCGAGGAGUGUAGGGAGACAGCUGUGAUGUGGCUACCCUAAGGCGUGGAGGGCUGCAGCAGAAGUCUUUUCUAAAGUUUAGGUAUCUCGGGUUUGUUCGGCAUGCUUUUUCAUUCUUGUUUUGCCUCAAGGAUUAAUCCGUUCUGAAAAAUUCAACCCUUACUUCUUUUUCCUGUCGCGGGUAUUUUUCCUUCGUCGACUGACCCGUAUUUGGCCGGGGGCGGGCAGCAAUCAGGAUGGCCUGACGAAUACACAGUAAAAACUCGGCGUAUAUACACCACGGGAGUUCAGGAUAGGACAAUCCGGACACGGCCCCAUCAUUCUGUUUAAAAACCCUAAGACAAUUAUGUGAUAUCAAUGAUUUUGAUACUUUCAAAACGAAAGACGACUAUGGAGACUUGAACCACGAGUUUGAAUUCCAAGUUGCCACUGCUGACAUCACAGUAGUCAAAAGAUAUGUACCAUUUGUUGACUUACGGCAUAAAGUUAACAAACUGCAACUGUUUGGAGCGGUGCUAUUGUUGCUCAAAACCAACUCACUUGCCUUAUACCUGUUACAAACACGGAUCGCCCACUUAGCUGAAUCGACUCGGAAAAAGUUUUUUCUUCCACUCUGGGUUUUUUUUGUACAAGAGGGGAAGAUAAAAAGGGGAGAAGAAAGAACCUGGGGACACAUAUCCCCUGUAACCCCGACUCUGUAAGCCUAUACACUUUUAAUAUAAGCAUGGACGGUAGGCCUGUGUAUUGUUGUUUGCCGUAAGAAACAGAACAGUGGAUGCCACGGCGUGGCCGGAGGCAAGAUUUGUAAUUAUGCCGGUUCUCGCGAGACCCGCGCAGUGCGUGAUGCCCGCCAGCGCUUUCUGAUCGCCAACGGCCCUGAAUUCUCCACUCUUCGCCAUCAUUCGACUGGGUUCAUGAGCCCCACACGUAUUUUGCACCAAAAUCGCUGCGAUUUACUUGCGAGAGAGACGUGCGACGUUGUGAUUCUCCGAGAAAUACGACCAAAAAACCCGAUCCACCAAUGACCUCCGUGUGUGACUCCCGGGGACACAGCCCACUCGCACUUCGACCUUCUCCUGAAUUUCCAGAUACCAAAGUGAUCCAGAUGUCGAAUGGAAGAAGUUCAACCGACUUUUCAUCACCGUAUGCGAUGGAAAUUGUUGAUCAAAAGAUAUCUACGUCAUUCAUGUCCGGGAUCAAGCGAAAGAUGUCAUCAUCGCUCUCUCCAUCACCAGUGACCACGCCCACCGCAAACUCUGUGACACCACCACCAGCACCAUCAUCCACAGGUAUCACCACCCCUUCUACCACACAACACCAAUCCUCGUCAACAACUCAACACAACGGUGUACCUCGAGUGGCACCCAAUACCCGAUACACCGCUCCUGUCCACAUCGAUGUUGGAGGGCAGAUUUACACCAGUACACUGGAGACGUUGACCAAGUUUCCAGAGUCACGGCUGAGCAAGCUCUUCACUGGUCACAUACCGAUCAUCUUGGACUCUCUGAAGCAACACUAUUUUAUCGACAGGGAUGGCCAUCUCUUUCGGUACAUCCUAAAUUUCAUGCGGACGUCGAGGCUGCUUCUUCCUGAUGACUUCACCGAAGUGGAGGCUCUGUACGAGGAAGCACGAUACUACAAUCUCACCCCGAUGAUGGAAGCUCUUGAGGAGAUGAAGUCUUCUGAAGAAUCUUCAAAGACCACUCAAGAGAAGCGAGAGAAGGCACCGGUCGUCAAGGUCGAAAGUGGUUGUACCGGUAAUGAAUGCGUCAUUGUACAUACGUCACCAGACUGUGUCGAGCGUAUCUCACUCAGUGGCAACAAGAAUAUCAUCUACGAGUUGUUUCCAGAGGUAGGGAGCGUCAUCUGUAACUCCAGCCCACCAGCUGCAGCAGGUUGGGCACAAGAUUCGAACUGCGUCAUAAGGUUUCCAUUGAAUGCUUUCUGUAAGUUGUACACGAUACAGGUCUUGCAGCGCCUGCUUCAGAACAAUUUCGUUGUGAUUGCGUCCAGCGGAGGAGGUAUCGAAGGGUCGCAGUUCAGUGAGUACGUCCUCACUAGGAAAUAUGGACAGCUUACGUAACUCUACCUCACCAAGCCUGUAACCCUAUACUGCUCCAUAUUUCUGAAAUGUGAGAAAUGGAUGGCGAACAGAAAACACUUUGAAACUUUGAAUAUAUCGCUUUAUAGAACCAGAUAGUUACGGAUAGCUAAUAUUCCAUAGCAACAUUCUAUUUGUCACCAGAUCAAGAAGGCACGCUGAUGUUUGUCCGGCAGAACAGGGUCAUGAAGCGUCCUCUAUUGAACCUUUAAAAUCUCUGAUCUUGGAAUCAAGAGGAAAUUUGAUCUAAUCCAAGACAUCUUUUCAUAAAUCGUAUUGACAGUGGGUCAGAAUGGAAGUAAAUUGUUGACUGUUAUGACUGUCGUAAAAGAACAAAAAAUUAUCUGAACAUAUUGAUGUAGCGAUUUCACCAAAUCGCGACUGUUAUUGCCAGUUUGUCUUAAUAAGAAGUUCUUCUUUUCUUUCUUAGUUGAAGUCAACGGUAUUUUGGUAAUGGUAGAUCCUAGCCCAGAAGACAUCAAUAUUCAACAAUCGUCGGAUAUUGAAUGCCCAUUGGAAUCUGUUAAGCCAAUUACCGAAAUGUUAUUUAUAUAUAUUGUGUUAUCGGCUCACUUAAAAAGGUCUGCUAAUUUUCUACACUAAGAAAAAAAAUCUGCCAAAUCAUGAACAUUAUCAUGUGCACAGUUUUGCUCCCCUUUUCAACGCCACGUGAGCGUGACGUUACAACCUAGCCAUUAAAAAUACAUCGUUACAUUAGGGUAAAGAUUAAAAUUUCAAGGUACCCAAAAAUACAAAUGGGUACAUCUACAAACCUUUCAAUGUAAGAUACACGACGGAGCCCUAUAACUUGUUUUGCUAUUGUGGUUUUAAGAUGGAAAAAUCACAUCUCGUAUUUCAUUAUUGAUAUUUGAUUGAUGUAAUAGAUUACUAUAUGCUUACCUUUUUUCAUAAAAAUACUACAAACCUGGUUGUGACUGUUUAUGUGACAUGUUUAUUUUGAGUGUAUCAUGUAAAAAUCUUUCAACCAUUCAUUUGUAAAUUCAUUAUCAGUAAUAUUUUGUUAAUGUGAAUGUUGAACUAUAUGUUCAAAUAAUAUUCAGUGUCAUCUCAUAUUUUGAUAGAUUUACAUCGUUAUAUCGUGAUGGUAACUGAUUUCGUCGUAAAGAUUUUGUAUCUAUUCUUUUUUUAUAUGUAAGCGAGCGAGACCGAUCAAAGUAUAUUAUAAGAUUUAACGACACUGAGGUUACUCUGCACGUCGAAAUUUAUCUAAUUGAAAAAUAAACAAGUUUAAUUAAUAAUCUUUUUCGGAAAUUGGUGAACCGGGACAGCUGAUCGUCGUAAGAUUUUUAGCUGACGAAAAUUUCGAUGUCGUUUGUCCAGAGUCCAGGACGAAAGUGCUAUUUUGAUUCCCCGAUUUUCGACAAAGACUGCUCUGUCAUGAUGAGCACUUGACAAUAGAUUUUCUAUUUUGUAGAAUCCAUCCCCGUCGCGAUUAAUAAAACUCGCUAUUUAAGCCAACACUGAAACUUACACAUGUACCCGUUUCGCGCUUCACGAACUCAAAACUUUUUUUUUGCAGUAAUGAAGCCUUUGACGAAAAUAUAAGCUGAGGGUAUCCCAUGGGGAAAGUGGCUUUGUUAUUAAGGGCUUGGUAACCCUUAGGGUUCAGACAUCCCCUUCAGCUAAACUACCCACUAGUCUCCCUGUUGUUCUUACACGAUCACAAUCUUAUUAAUAGUCCGUAUCCUGUCACGACUCAAACUAAAGAAACUUUGUCUUCGUUUUAUCUCAAAGACAGCCAAAAGUAUUGAAGUCGGAGGAGUGAAAGGAAAUGUAUUAAAAAUGUUUGUUUAAAAUUGUCAUUGCGUGAGCGAUUCUUAUCUUUGCAGUGUCCUGGUUUUCACUGGCAUAUUCGAGUAACAUCUUUUAAAAACAACUAUGAAAAAUUGUUGGAGCUCUAAAAUUCUUCCUUUUAAAACAUAAAUGGUUUUAUUGCAUUGAAGUUUUUAAGGAAAGGGAAGGUGUCCAGACUUUUUGAGUGAUUACAGUAUUUUUUUAAAAGCUGUUGCAAAUUUUUAUUGUCUAGCUUUGUAUCUUUUUAAGAAAAUACACUAUAGAAAUGUUAUUAUCCUUAUUAUCAUUGUUGAAAAUCAUAGAGAGAAAUAACAGGGCACAAUAGUGAAAAACAGAAGUAGAAGUGCGUAGACAAGGAGCAGUAAAUUUUGUAUAAGCCUAUUAUGAGUAUUAGUAGAAGUAUUCACGGGUGUGUUGUUGGAGGUACGGAAUGGAGUUUCAUAACCAAGAAAAAAAGAAGGAAAAAGGGAGAAAAAAAGUAAGAAAAUGAAUGCAGUAGAGAGAAAUAUGAUAUAUGUAUUUUUUAUUUUAUUAUGUCACAAUCUAUCAUAAAAUAAGUUUUUAAUUGCAAAACGGUUAUAAUUUUCGCUCGCUCGCGACUUAAAAAAAAAAGAAUCCCCCCUUCGGCAUAAUGUGCUCCCUCAAUUUUUAGGGGUCUCAUUUCGUUACUCUUUGUAGAAGUAGCAGCAACAGCAGAAGCAGUAGUAGUAAAUAGUAGUAGUGGUAAUAGUAGUAGUAGUAGUAGUAGUAGUAGUAGAAGUAACAGUAGUAGUAGUAACAGUAGUAGUGAUACUCUUACCGUAAUAGUUGUGAAAGUCAUAAUAGCAUAUGUUUAGAAAGAGAUAUUUUAUUUUGUCCAAAUGCAGCAGAGAAUUGCUUCCAUUUAAGUACAAAAUCCAAUAGUAGUUCGAGCAGUAUAGUAGUACACUACUAAUUAUGAUUAUUAAUCUUAUGAUUAGUUCUUUUAGUACAUAUUGUUUUAUUAUAAUUAGAUUGAUAACAUUGAAAAAUGUUUCAUGAAACCUUUCGUUAAUCUGCGUUACUUGGUAAAUUUAUGACUUCGAGGUUCCUGAUCUGCUAUAGCACCAUAUUUAUAAGAAAACCAUGGUACAUUUUCGAAUAGUGUUUAUUUGACAAGUAAAAACGGUUUUUUUUUUCUAUUUGUAGAUUUCAGUGCACCGUUCUUUUCAAAAUAAUUCUACUAAUUAUUGUACUGUUGAUUACAUAAUAGCAUUAAGUAAAUCUUGUAGUCUUUUAAGAUGCGUUCAAAGAGCUACUGAACUGAAUUUUACAACCGUUUCUUUUUCAUUUGUGUUAAUGAGUUUCUAAGUGUUGAUACUAGAUGUAACGAUAAGUUCACUGCCAUUGUUUUAAUGAGCUUCUAAAGGGACGUGAAAGUUACUGAAUGUAACAUCUUUGUAUUUUGAAUUGGUUUCAUUGAGUUUCUGAAGUGACGGAAUGUUGAAACUGAAUAUAAUGUCCAUUCACUUUUUAUUGGUUUUGUUGAGUUUUCAAAGUAUUAUAGACAGUAUUAAUACCUAAUUUGUAAGGAUAUAAAUGUAUGUAAGCUAACAGUUUCAGAUAAAAUAUAUAUAUAUCGUGGUAUAACUUCGGUUUCAUAGUAUUUUUGUGUAUGUACUUUAAAAACACAUGUAUAUUUAAUUAACUUUGUGUUAAGUUUUUCUUUUGUCAUCUUAUCGGUUAUUCUGUUUUCAUUUCCGUUUGUAAAUAGAAUCAAAGCUUUAAACAGAAAGUUGUAAAAUAUGUAAGUCUUUAUUAUCACUCGCUAUGAAAAUAAAUGCUCUUGUGAAUUAUUAUAUAAUACAACAUU